GAUUUUCUUCAAAAGGGUGUUGGGAAAGAGAGAUUAAAGUGAACUUUUUUGAAAGAAGUCGAUCAGGCUAAUAAUGGGUUGCUCUUUUCUUGCUUGUUUUUCUGCUUCCAAGAACAAAAAAAACACCAGCAUUUAGUCGAUGGAGCUUCCUCUGUUGAUCAGAAACCCGAAGCCAAUGAAGCUGUUCGAUAUAGUAAGGAAGGAGAUUUUUGGAAACCCUUUAACCCCAUCAUAGUGAAGAAAGAGAAGCUAGGGAACUAUUGAAGAACAACAGUGGUAAAAAGCAGGUAGCUUUAGAUUUGAAUGUGGAGACUCAUGAUGAAUUGUCUGUUGAAUCAUCUGAUAAGGAGAUCGAAGGAACAGUAAAAAGAAGUGGAUCUUGUGUUUUGAAUUUGAGUGCUUCGGCUGUGGUUUGUAAGUCUCAAAACAAUAGAUAUCAGGGAAAGGCUAACAAUGAGCCACAAUUGGACAUGGAAGAGACAUCUGAGUCGCUGUUUUCGUUGUCAAUCGAAUCCAGGAAACAUGUUUGUGAAGUUGAAUCAGAUGAGAAGGAUGAAAGCAAUCAGUUCUGAAUCCUGUUGAAAAUCUUGCUCAAUGGAAAGGAGUGAAGGCAAAAGCAGGCUUACCAGUGAAGGAUGAAGAAAAGGAGAACAUCAAUGUGGAGCAAUGUUCUGAUUUUAAGCUCAGAACUCCGAGUUCGAGACUAUGUUCCAAUGGGAAGAAGCUGGUAGGGCAAGAAAUUGCUGUUGAUACAAGUCUUUCUAGCUGGUUAAUGGGACCUGAAAACACACCGAAUACGAAGGGUAGUACUAAUUCAGUUGGGAAUUCAGCAGCAUCCCUGAAAACAAAUUCACCUAGAAGCUAUGAAGAUAGGGUUGUUUUAGGAGCACUAGCCCUGGAAGAGCUUAAACAACAUUCCACAUCUACUCCCAGGGAGUGCAAGAGCCAGAGGACCGAUGAAACAGCUAUCAUUGGGACUGUCGGGAGCUAUUGGAAUCGUACCGGCCAGAUAAUGGAUGCUGAUUCAAGCUCUCCACACAAAGGAACACCGAUAACAAGCAGCAGAAACAUUCAGGAAGAGAGACCGAAAUGGAAUGCUAUACCAUUUGAGGCAAGGUUGGAGAGAGCUUUGGAUAUAGGGACUGCAGGAGUAUAGCAUGCAUCUGCUGCAUUCUCAUGAAUGUUUCUGUUGAUAUGCAUUUUUUUGUUGCUUGAUUUGUUUUAUUAUGUGAAAGCAUUAGAUUUAGUGAAGAACUGAA